UUCUUUAACUAACAUAUAAUUUUGAAUUCGUGUUUUUUUGUUUAUUGAAAUUUCUUGUUCUGAUGAGUGCAAUUAGGUUACCAGAAGGUAGAUUGUGUAGGUUGAUUUUGGAUUAGUUGCAAUGCUGUGUAAGAAAUUUGUUGAAGAUAUUCAUAUUUGAACUCGAAGUCUCAACCGGAGGAUUGUUUAUAAAUAGCACUUACAAAAUAUGUCAUCAUGAAUUUUUGUUUUAAAUCAUCUCGAUGACUUAAAGUGAAUAACUAUUUGUAUCAGGAACCCUGCUACUUUAUAUUAUAGAAUAAAGAGUAAAAUGUCAUUUUCGUCCCUGAGCCUGAGGUUUGGCCAGUUUUGCGACUUUUGUCCAAAGGUUUGUUUUCCGCAUUUGGAUCCAAAGGGUUUGAAAUCUUGCCAUUUUCACUUUAUGUAAAAAGACCAAAAAGUCGAAAACCCCUGAAAAAGACCUAAUUGCCCUAAGUUAACAAAAAGGAAGGAAAUACCCCUUACUUAACGGAGAAAAAUGGAUGGAGUUAACGAGCCGGAUGAAAAAAUGGCAAGAUUUCAAACCGGUUGGACCCGUAUGCUUAGAAACAACCCUUUGGAUGAUAGUCGCAAAACUGGCCAAACCCAAGGAAACGAAAAUGACAUUUUACUCUAGAAUAAACUCAUAGGUGGCAAAUUGGGCUGGUCCGGCUCAUUGUGGAAUAUGUCAAAACCGUUAAAUUUUGUACCGGUCAAAACAGGUUAGGUCAGGUUGUCACAAAAUUCCUUUUGUCCAAAAGUUUUAGAUAUUUUUAAAUGCCAUUUUCGUCCCUGAGGUUUGGCCAGUUUUGUGACUUUCGUCUAAAGGUUUGUUUUUCCGCAUUUGAAUCCAAAAGUUUUGAAAUCUUGCCAUUUUCAUCUGAAUCGUUAACUCCAUCUGUUUUUCUUCGUUAAUUCAGGGGUAUUUCUGUCUUGUUUGUUAACUUAAACGGCAAUUCGGUCUUUUUAAGUGAAAUAGACUCACUGAUUUGAUUUAGGUUUUUGUCCGAAUUGAGAAUCUGAAUUGUGAAGCAACAUUGUACUUAGUUGAACAGUUGAUGUGCGCAUGUUGUAGAUAAUUAAGGAAGUAUAUUCAUUGAUUCAGACAUUCAGUGAACUAUAAUUUUCCAUGAAUAUCUAUUGGGCAUCCUAUAACUUUGCUAAAAAUGUGUGUGCGGUUUUCUUUCAAACAUCAAAUGUUUUUUUUUUCGAAUGCUGAUGUAUACAGUAAAGAAGCCUGCUCUGGAUGCAGAUCGGACAAUCUCACUUGCAUAAUCAUCACAGUUUCACACUUGAUUCCACUCGAUUCCGUUCACAGGGAUGAUUAUGAGCGAAAUCGGGAAAUGUACCUUCCUCUUCUCCUUGUGAGCGAAAUCAAGUGCAAAUAGAAAAUAAAGUGUUGUUGAAAACCUCACCGAGGAAAAUGUUGAGGGACUCGGACCAUGUAAUGGAGUUGCUUUCCGUCUGUGAAGGUAUAUCACAAAAGGAGCAAGGGGCUGUUCACGGAAUUUUGGAAACCACAAAAGCACAAACCGUGUUUCUUGAAUUUUUACAAAACGACCACUCUACACAGUCUGAUGAGAUACAACAGAAGGCACAUGAUACUUUCCAGCAGAAGUAUAUGGAUUAUGAACCAUCUGGUAAUACUUCCGUAAGAUGCGACCCUGCUGUUCCAAGUAAGGAUACCAUAGAGUCGCUUCGGGCAAUGCCGAUGGAAACUCUAUUGGAGGAAUUCAGGGAAAACCAUUCAUUUGAGUUAUUGGAAGUUAAGGACGGCAAGAUUACUCCUGCUUCUCAAUCACCUCUUGCAGAAAUAAACUAAACAGCAUAGUCUUGUGAUUUAGUUUGGUCUCUUUGUACUUGUUACUAUGUAUAUUGUGAAAAUUGAAGAGAGAGUAUGAUAGAUGGAUCAACUCAGAUAAUCCCUACUUGGGAUUUAUUGUUCUGUUUUCACCAAUGUAGUAGAGGGGUUUUAUUUUUUAAUCACAUUUCAUUGUAUGAUUUUUCUUCACUUGAAGAGAAGAUUUCUAUCAUUUGGAUAUUGACUUUAUGUGUGUACUAGCUAUAAAUAAAAAAACCCGUCUUAUGAA